CCCUUUAAAACUCCCAGUCACCUCUGUACAAAUCCAAGUGGAGUUUAGGUCCAGCUUUCUUUAUCGUUGGCAGUAGUCACUACUAUUAUCCCUGCUUUACAGAUUAAAGCAUUGACGCUUAGAGAGGUUGACAGUCUUGUCCAAACCACACAGCAGAGCUGGGCUUUCCUCUACCCAGGUCUCCCGGUCUCCAACAGGGGCAGAGAGCGGCAUGGCCUCUCGGCCCAUAGGUGGAGCAGUUUGCGAAGGCCUCGCGGCCGAGCAGCGAACUUCCAGCCGGAGAGGAGGCGGCGAAGGGGCCCAUCGGCACCUUCCCAGCCUGCGCCCCGAUGCUGCGCGCCCUGACCAGUGUCCUGCGCCUUCCACGGCCCUGGAAGCCCCUUCGGACCCGCGGCUGCGCCUCCGACGGGGCGGCCGGGGACCGGGAGAUCCAAGUGCGCUCCCUGACGGGUCCGGAGCAAGGAAUCACUGAGAUUCUGAUGAACAGACCGCGUGCCCGCAAUGCCCUGGGGAACGUCUUCGUCAGCGAGCUGCUGGAAGCUCUGGCCCAGCUGCGGGAGGACCGGCAAGUGCGCGUCCUGCUCUUCAGAAGUGGUGUGAAGGGUGUGUUCUGUGCAGGUGCGGACCUGAAGGAGCGGGAGCAGAUGAGCGAGGCAGAGGUGGAGUUCUUUGUCCAGCGGCUCCGAGGCAUGAUGAAUGAGAUUGCAGCCUUCCCUGCACCCACCAUUGCAGCUAUGGAUGGGUUUGCCUUGGGUGGAGGCCUGGAACUUGCCCUGGCCUGUGACCUCCGAGUGGCAGCUUCCUCGGCUAUCAUGGGGUUGAUCGAGACCACCCGAGGGCUCCUCCCAGGAGCAGGAGGGACUCAGAGGCUGCCUCGAUGCCUGGGGGUGGCCCUGGCAAAGGAGCUCAUCUUCACAGGCCGACGACUGAGUGGGGCACAGGCUCAGGUCCUGGGGCUGGUGAACCAUGCCGUGGCCCAAAAUGAAGAGGGCAACGCUGCCUACCACCGGGCACUAGCACUGGCCCAGGAGAUCCUGCCCCAGGCCCCCAUCGCUGUGCGGCUGGGCAAAGUAGCCAUCGACCGCGGAAUGGAGGUGGACAUUGCAUCAGGGAUGGCCAUUGAAGGGAUAUGCUAUGCCCAGAACAUCCCCACCCGGGACCGGCUAGAGGGCAUGGCAGCCUUCAGGGAGAAGCGGCCUCCCAAAUUUGUUGGCAAGUGACUCCCAUUUAACCUUAAGGGAGAUGCAAGCCUUAAAGGGCAGGAUCCAGAAGGAAAAUUUGCAGCGCAACUGCCUUCAUCAUUUUGCCUCUUUGGGCUUCAGUUUCCUCACAAGGACAAUGAUGGAUAUAAAAUGAGUGGCAUGGGCCUGGUAUUAAUGUGCUGACCAUGCCACCUACUGCUUCCUUCAUUAUUCCUCACCCUGUCUAGAUAAUUACUGGGGUCGAGUUUGCUUUGGAGAGUACCCGCCUCUCCCUACUCGAAUGAUAAACUAAGGAUUAAGAUAGACCCCUCUGGGCUUUUGUACUGUUGGCUGUUAGGCCUGACCUCUGCCUCUCAGUUGUCAGGUGCUCACCAGAGACGGCAAGAGGUUGUAAGAAGCCCCCAGUUCCUUCCUCUGUAACAGAUAAUAAGGAAACCCUGGUAGUGCUUGAGCAGGCAUCAGGAAUCAGACUACAGAUCCCAGCUCUCUGCCACUUACUCACUGCAUGCCUCAGCUUCCUCAUCUGCAGAAUGAAACUGUAGUGAAGGUUAAAAAAAAUAAACACCUCAUGUUCCAUAAAUGUUAUUAUUA